AUGCAGUGGACCAAUCAAAGUGACGCGCUGGGCAGUCGGGUCACCCGCCCCAUUCCCCCUCCUUCCAUCACCCCGCCCCAUUCUUCCUCCUUCCAUCACCCCGCCCCAUUCUCCCGCUUUCUAUCACCCCGCCCCAUUCUCCCGAUUUCCAUCACCCUGCCCCAUUCUCCCGCUUUCCAUCACCCCGCCCCAUUCUCCCGCUUUCCAUCACCCCGCCCCAUUCUCCCGCUUUCCAUCACCCCGCCCCAUUCUCCCGCUUUCCAUCACCCCGCCCCAUUCUCCCGCUUUCCAUCACCCCGCCCCAUUCUCCCGCUUUCCAUCACCCCGCCCCAUUCUCCCGCUUUCCAUCACCCCGCCCCAUUCUCCCGCUUUCCAUCACCCCGCCCCAUUCUCCCGCUUUCCAUCACCCCGCCCCAUUCUCCCGCUUUCCAUCACCCCGCCCCAUUCUCCCGCUUUCCAUCACCCCUCCCCAUUCUCCCGCUUUCCAUCACCCCGCCCCAUUUUCCCGCUUUCCAUCACCCCGCCCCAUUCUCCCGCUUUCCAUCACCCCGCCCCAUUCUCCCUCCUUCCAUCACCCCGCCCCAUUCUCCCGCCUUCCAUCACCCCGCCCCAUUCUUCCGCUUUCCAUCACCCGCCCCAUUCUCCCGCUCUCCAUCACCCGCCCCGUGCUCCCUCCUUCCUUCACCCCGCCCCGUUCACCCUUCUUCCAUCACCCCGCCCCAUUCUCCCGCUUUCCAUCACCCUGCCCCAUUCUCCCGCUUUCCAUCACCCCGCCCCAUUCUCCCGCUUUCCAUCAUCCUGCCCCAUUCUCCCGCUUUCCAUCACCCCGCCCCAUUCUCCCGCUUUCCAUCACCCCGCCCCAUUCUCCCGCUUUCCAUCACCCCGCCCCAUUCUCCCGCUUUCCAUCACCCCGCCCCAUUCUCCCGCUUUCCAUCACCCCGCCCCCUUCUCCCGCUUGCCAUCACCCCGCCCCAUUCUCCCGCUUUCCAUCACCCCGCCCCAUUCUCCCGCUUUCCAUCACCCCGCCCCAUUCUCCCUCCUUCCAUCACCCCGGCCCAUUCUCCCGCCUUCCAUCACCCCGCCCCAUUCUUCCGCUUUCCAUCACCCGCCCCAUUCUCCUGCUUUCUAUCACCCCGCCCCAUUCUCCCUCCUUCCAUAACCCGGCCCCAUUCUUCCGCCUUCCAUCACCCCGCCCCAUUCUUCCGCUUUCCAUCACCCGCCCCAUUCUCCCGCUCUCCAUCAACCGCCCCGUUCUGCCUCCUUCCUUCACCCCGCCCCGUUCACCCUUCUUCCAUCACCCCGCCCCAUUCUCCCGCUUUCCAUCACCCCGCCCCAUUCUCCCGCUUUCCAUCACCCCGCCCCAUUCUCCCGCUAUCCAUCACCCCACCCCAUUCUCUCGCUUUCCAUCACCCCGCCCUAUUCUCUCGCUUUCCAUCACCCCGCCCCAUUCUCGAGCUUUCCAUCACCCCGCCCCAUUCUCUCGCUUUCCAUCACCCCGCCCCAUUCUCCCGCUUUCCAUCACCCCGCCCCAUUCUCCCGCUUCCAUCACCCCGCCCCAUUCUCCCGCUUUCCAUCACCCCACCCCAUUCUCCUGCUUUCCAUCACCACGCCCCAUUCUCCCUCCUUCCAUCACCCCGCCCCAUUCUCCCUCUUUCCAUCACCCCGCCCCAUUCUACCGAUUUCCAUCACCCCGCCCCAUUCUCCCGCUUUCCAUCACCCCGCCCCAUUCUCCCGCCUCCCAUCACCUCGCCCCAUUCUCCCGCUUUCCAUCACCCCACCCCAUUCUCCCGCUUUCCAUCAGUUUGCCCCAUUCUCCCUCCUUCCAUCACCCCGCCCCAUUCUCCCGCCUUCCAUCACCCCGCCCCAUUCUUCCGCUUUCCAUCACCCGCCCCAUUCUCCCGCUUUCCAUCACCCCACCCCAUUCUCCCGCUUUCCAUCACCCCGCCCCAUUCUGCUGCUUUCCAUCACCCCGCCCCAUUCUCCCUCCUUCCAUCACCCCGCCCCAUUCUCCCUUUUUCCAUCACCCCGCCCCAUUCUCCCUCCUUCCAUCACCCCGCCCCAUUCUCCCGCUUUCCGUCACCCCGACCCAUUCUCCCGCAUUCCAUCACCCCGCCCCAUUCUCCCCCUUUCCAUCACCCCGCUCCAUUCUCCCGCUUUCCAUCACCCCGUCCCAUUUUCCCGCAUUCCAUCACCACGCCACAUUCUUCCACAUUCCAUCACCCCGCCCCAUUCUCCCGCUUUCCAUCACCCUACCCCAUUCUCCCGCUUUCCAUCACCCUGCCCCAUUCUCCCGCUUUCCAUCACCCAAACCCAUUCUCCCACUUUCCAUCACCCCGCCCCAUUCUCCCGCUUUCCAUCACCCCGCCCAAUUCUCCCACUUUCCAUCACUCCGCCCCAUUCUCCCGCUUUCCAUCACCCCGCCCCAUUCUCCCGCCUUCCAUCAUCCCGCUUCAUUCUCCUGCUUACCAUGACCCCGCCCCAUUCUCCCGCUUUCCAUCACCCUACCCCAUUCUCCCGCUUUCCAUCACCCUGCCCCAUUCUCCCGCUUUCCAUCACCCCGCCCCAUUCUCCCACUUUCCAUCACCCCGCCCCAUUCUCCCGCUUUCCAUCACCCCGCCCAAUUCUCCCACUUUCCAUCACUCCGCCCCAUUCUCCCGCUUUCCUUCACCCCGCCACUUUCUCCCUCCUGUCAUCACCCCGCCCCAUCCUCCCGCUUUCUAUCACUCCGCUCCAUUCUCCCUCCUUCCAUCACCCCUCCCCAUUCUUCCUCCUUCAAUCACCCCACCCCAUUCUCCCGCUUUCCAUCACCCCGCCCCAUUCUGCCGCUUUUCAUCACCCCGCUCCAUUCUCCCGCUUUCCAUCACCCCUACCCAUUCUCCCGCUCCUCUCCCUCUCCCGCACAAGCCCCUCCCGCGCCCGAACCACCUCCUCCUCCCUCGCCGCUACAGCCGCCAGGGCCACCUCUACUUCACCCAUCCGUGCCGCUACAGCCGCCUCUCUCCCCUUCAGCUGCUCAGCCGCCGCUUCAAGAGCUGA